UAUUAAAUCUAAAAUUCACGGUACCCUUGACGCCCCUGCGUAUUGCUACUAUGGGUCAACUGCCCAAACCUCUGUAAAUUUAGUUGCCUAUUUGCGCCUGUAAACCGUCACCCGUCUUCCUUCGUCUACAACUGCGUUUAGCGAUGACGACGAUAAAUCACUUCUGAAUGUCACGUCGACUCGUGGAUUAUUAUUAUAGGUACCAAUAUUAUCGCCGCCGCCGUCACUGGUAAUCUCAUAAUCUGUCCACCUGCACUCGUAUCUAAUAUUAGGUAAUUACGUGUGGCAGUAUGGGGUUUCCAUAACAUUAUUUUUAUAAAUUAUUAUCGAAUAUCGUCGUGACGCCUCUCCUCCACACACCGCCAGCAACAGCAUACAGCUAUAAUAACGAUUAUAAUAAUAUUACUUUAGCCGCGAAACGUUUUGACAGUGAAUAACCGAAAACCGCCGUGCGAAUGAGUUCGUCGAUUUGAGUUUCGUCAAAAACAUAAUAUUAUUAUUCAACUAGGUAUAUAGGUGCAUAUAUUAUAUAUAUAUAUAUUUAUUAUAUUAUAUACAUAUAUAAUAUAUUGUAUACAUAAUAUUAUUAUAUUGAUAAUUAUUAUUUAUUUAUUACUCGUUGUAGUCCGCCCGUUGAAAAAUAAUCCACGCUUACUCAAUCAGACAAUAUAAUAUGUUAUUAUAUAUACCUAAUACGUUUCUGACGGAAUAAAAUCGAUCGAUCGUAAUACACUCGUUAUUGUUAAUAAUAUUCCGAUAAAUCUAUUUUAUUUUUUCGAUUUUUGUUCUCAAUCGUUGAGAAACGUGCGCGAUACAAAUUAACAUUAAUAUAACACAACAUGUCGACUCUGAAUAACCCAACGGUAGCGUCAGUUUUCGACGAUUGCAGCAACACAACGACGGCGAUCGAGAACGAUUAUUCGUGUCGGCCGCCCGGCAAAAACAACAAGAUUUCUGGAAGAAAAAAGCUAACCUUAACACCGGAACUAAAACGAUUAUCAUUUGGUUCCAUAAAGACACAGUGUUCUUUAAGUGAUUCAAGAUUCAUUUGUUUAAAUGGCUUCCAAUAUUUGAAAAACAAAGAGAUUACGUUAGAAGAAAACAUGGAGCUCAUUAGUGAAAACAUAUUAGUAGAAAGAAAAUAUUUCCAAGAGGUUAUUGACAGUUUACUAGGUCAAGUUGUACAGCUGGAAGAAAAUAUUGACUUGAAAACAGUCAAGAUCGAAAACUUGCAACUGUACAAUUCGGAAAAAUUGAAAGUUAUUAACUCACUUACGAUGGCUCUUAACGAAACCAAAUGGAAGCGUGACACUAUGCAACAGUUUUGUGAAGAACAUGCUCCAAAUGUACUAUAUAAAAGUAUGAUGUUAGUCAGUUGUGUUUUGGAUAAAAUAUCCGUUUUUAAAUCUAAUCAGGAUAAACUACAUUCAUGUUUAAUCAAUUUGGAAGAAGAUUGUCCGUUAGUUAAAGCAGUCAAACAGCUCAAAUCUGGUUGUGACAAAUGUAUUAGUGUCAUUGAGAAAGCCACUAUCAGAGAGCUGUCUUACGCAUUAAUGAAUGAGAAAGAUUUUAAUAGCACAAUAAAACACACCAUUUAUAAUCUACAAAAUUUCCUAUUCAAUGUACCACUUGAUUGUAAUUCUGCCGUUGAAAAGAUCGGUUUGUUGAAAAUCACUCAGGAUGGUGAACAUAAUUUAGAGAAUAUGAUUGGCUUGUGGGAAUUAGUGAAGGAUUUGUUCCAAAAACAUCAAUACCUGACAAAUAAAAUCAUUUCACUCAACAUGCAGAAAAUUGGUCUGAAGUUACAACUUGAUGAAAUGGAAAAUAAUAGGAAGGAGCUUGAACUAAAGGCUAUGACAGAAAUCGAAGUUGUGGAAAAAAAAGAAGAAUUAUUGAAUCAAAAUGAAUCGAUGAUUCGACAACAUUGGGAUGAAAUGGAUACUAGUCAAGAAAUAGUUAUGCAAACUCAAAGAGCUCAAGAUAUUGAUCAAGAAUUAGAAGAUCUUCAAAUAGAAUACCACAGUCAUGACCAAUAUAACAGACAAUUGAAAACAGAUUUGUGUCAUCUUGAAAAUGAAUUGGCCGAGUAUCAGCUCAAAUGUAAUCAAAUGGAAAUUGAAAACAAACAAAUUGAAAUUGAGAAAAUUAACAUUUUAGAAGCAUAUGCCAAGUCUUGGGGACAUUACAAUGAUAAACAAAAGAUCAAAUACACAGGGAGGCUUAUAAAAGACAUAGAUUCCAUUACGCAGAGAGUGCUGUCAACUGCGUUUUCAAUAUUCUAUGACUGAUUUUAUUUUAUUUACACAACCAAUUACAUAUUAUAUUAAUUAAAUUAAUUAUUUUUUUUUGGUAUGGUAUUUUUUUUUAAAUUUUAACAUUCAUAUUUGAUGUAAUAGAUUUUAUAAUAUUUGUUUUAGAAACAUAUUUAUUUUUUUUUUAAUUUUUGAACUGUUGCUACUGUAUGAAAUUUAGUUGUUUUAAUAAUUAUAAUAAAUAGGUGAUAAUUUAAUUUUUGGUAAGCAUUGUACCUCAUAAAAAUAUAUUUUAAUGAUAGGACCUACAUGUUACUAGCUAAUUAAUAAAUAUGUUGGUAUUAAUUAAUUGCUGGACAACAUAUGAUCAAUAUGAAAUUGUUAAUUAAUUACAUUACAAACCGAUAAAA